UCGGAGGCGGGACUUCCUGGUGCCCGGGCGCCGCAUUUUGGUGACGGCGGCCCGGAGGAGUCAAACGGCGUGGCUGGAAGCGUGACUCCGCCGUGAGAGGACCGGCUGAGGCCCACGACGGCCCUGCGGGUUAGGCCGGCGGAGCCGUGGCCGGUCAGGAGGGCGCUUGGGAGAGCCUCACGGACGGGCCGAGAAAGGGCGCCAUGGAGACCGGGCCGGGUCCCCCCGUGCGCCUGCGGAAGGCGAAGCCGGAGCCCCAGAGAGCCGCCCCCGAGGACGCCCCGGGGCGCGGCGCGGCGGUUCUUGGGGAGAGCCUCGGCCUGGUCUUGUUCACCGUCAUCGUGAGGCUACUGAACUGCCUCUUAGUCCAGACCAGCUUUGUCCCAGAUGAGUACUGGCAGUCACUUGAGGUUGCCCAUCGUCUGGUUUUUAAUUAUGGCUAUUUGACCUGGGAGUGGACAGAAGGUCUGCGGAGUUCUCUCUUCCCUCUCUUCUUUGCUGGCAUAUAUAAAGUGUUGCAUCUGUUUUCCAAGGACGAUGUUCAGUGGCUGAUCUGGCUUCCACGGAUUGUCCAGGCACUUCUGUCGGCACUGGCAGACGUGAAACUGUACUCCUUUGCAAAGCGUCUAGACAACAGCGAGACGGCCAAGUGGGUGUACUUCUGCCAGCUGUGCUCUUGGUUUACAUGGUUUUGCUGUACCAGAACUCUAACCAACACCAUGGAAACUGUUCUCAGCACCUUUGCUCUCUGCUACUACCCAGUGGAGGGCACAGAGGUGGGGAGCAGGCUGAAGUAUUUGGCCCUGGUUGCUCUGGCAUGCUUCAUUCGUCCAACCGCUGUCAUCCCCUGGACUCCGUUGCUGCUCCAUCAGUUCUGGAAGGAGCCCCAGAAGCAGCAGCUUGUCCUGCACAGCUAUCUCCCGGUGGGGCUGAUCGGUUUAGGAGGCUCUCUACUAAUGGACCGAGUGUUCUUUGGCCGGUGGGUUGUGGUUCAGCUGAAUUUCUUGAAGUUUAACGUGCUGCAUAACUUGGCCACCUUCUACGGCUCCCACCCAUGGCACUGGUACUUCACUCAGGGUUUGCCAGUUGUCCUUGGUCCCCAUCUCGCCUUCUUCAUCCAUGGCUGCUGCCAAGCUCCACAGAAGCACCGCGUAUUCCUGCUUGCGGCGCUUUGGACAGUGGCCGUUUACAGCACGCUGAGCCACAAAGAAUUCAGGUUCCUCUACCCCGUGCUGCCGUUCUGCAUGGUAUUUUGUGGACGUUCUCUUCGCCAACUGAGAAGAUGGAGGCCUGCAGCAGGCACCUUCUUGCUAAUCGCAAACAUGCUGCCUGCGCUCUAUACGGGGCUGGUCCAUCAGCGUGGCACGCUCGAUGUCAUGGGUCACCUGCAAGCAUUGUGCAAGACUGCUGCUGGCCCCGCCCCGGCCUCCGUCUUGAUGCUGAUGCCGUGCCACUCCACGCCCUUCUACAGCCACCUCCACUGCCCGCUCCCGCUGAGGUUUCUGGAGUGUCCACCGGACUUGACAGGGAAGACUCAUUACCUGGAUGAAGCAGAGCUCUUUUACGCAGACCCACGGAAGUGGCUCACGGCAGAGUUUUCUAAUACUACCUUGCUGCCUACCCAUGUGGUCUUCUUCAGUGUGCUGGAGCAGGACAUCUCUGCCUUCCUAGCGGCAAACGGCUACACCAAAGCGGCCACAUUCUUCCACACCCACUUCCCUCAAGGCCGAAUUGGAAGCUCCAUUUACAUCUACGAGAGGCACUGAAAGCAUCCCUGAGAGCGGUCCGACUCCAGCUCAUCUCCCUGUGCUCUGUCAAGCAAGCCAGACCUGCGCUUCACUUACCAGCUUCGGGGGGGGGGGGGUCUCUCCCCCUGCUCCCCCGCCUGGUGGGGCCCACGGCUUCUUGUGCCACUGCAGCCUGUUCUACAGCAUCUUUCUGAGCAGAUGUUUGUCCUGCGCACCUCCUGAGCUUUUUACCUCUUUUUAAAAAAAACACCACCUCUUCGCCAACCAUGUCUUUUAUUUUUUCCUUCUACAGUUUGCGAAUGUGCAGGAAAUUCCAAACGCAAGUUAGGAGGUUGAUCAGAAAGCGCUGCAGCA